AUGAUCCUGUGUAAUUUGAGCCGUGACGCGAGCCGCUCUACAUCAUAUUCUAUCAUUUCUGUUCUUAAUAGCUUCUUCAUCGAUUCGGGGCUUACUACCUUACUGAUUGUAGUUGCUAGCACCUCACUCACCAUGUUGCAGUUAUUUUGUAUCUUAGAAGUAACGAGCAGCGUCAUGUCAUGGCUUACCACAAACUUUCUUUGUUUAGUGAGAUUUUCUUGGGUAUAG